ACCAGUCCAUCCAUCCAGGCUGCUUUAUAUAGGAGCUGUGGAAUAGGGAUUUGUGCGACUUUAAAGUGGAUCAGUGUUUUGUAAUGAAUGGGUGUUUUUUUUGUUUUUUUUUUUCCUCCCUGCCUGCCUGCCUGCCUAUUAUUAGCUGCGGAGGCCUUCAGAGUAAAGUGGAGGUAGUUCCAUGACGGUCAGAGCUGCUGCAGCUCUGCAUCGCACCGACAGGCUCCAGAUCAGCCUGCUGCGUAUUUUUGGCAAUGCGAUCGGAUUUAUCGCGCUGAUCCUUGGUGGAGGUGGUGGAGGGAGAGAGACGUGUUUUCCUUAAACAUCUGCGGUCUCUUCUUUGGUUCAACCUCUCGCCUCGAAGAUGAAGUUAAACACGAGCUGCCGUCAGGUGCAAGAGGCAUCCGAUGGAGCCAUGCAGCUUUCCAUCUCGUUCAUCGAUGCAGCAGCACUUCCUUAUGUUGCGGUCCCAGCUGACAGAUUCUGAUAUGGACUAUGAGAGGCCAAACGUUGAGACUAUCAAGUGCGUGGUGGUGGGAGACAAUGCGGUCGGAAAGACCCGCCUCAUCUGCGCCCGUGCCUGCAAUGCCACGCUGACUCAGUACCAGUUACUCGCUACGCAUGUGCCCACCGUCUGGGCAAUUGACCAGUACAGAGUAUGCCAGGAGGUGUUAGAGCGCUCCAGAGAUGUGGUGGAUGAUGUCAGUGUGUCCCUUCGUCUCUGGGAUACAUUUGGAGACCAUCACAAGGACCGGCGUUUUGCAUACGGCAGGUCCGAUGUGGUGGUGCUGUGCUUUUCAAUCGCCAACCCCAACUCUCUGUACCAUGUGAAGACCAUGUGGUACCCUGAGAUCAAGCACUUCUGCCCCCGUGCUCCUGUCAUCUUGGUGGGCUGCCAGCUGGACCUGCGCUAUGCAGACCUGGAGGCAGUGAACAGGGCACGGAGGCCUUUAGCUAGACCCAUUAAAUCCAACGAGAUUCUUCCUCCGGAGAGAGGCCGGGAGGUCGCCAAAGAGUUGGGAGUGCCAUAUUAUGAAACCAGUGUUGUCGCUCAGUUUGGGGUGAAGGACGUCUUUGACAAUGCUAUCCGAGCUGCGCUCAUCUCACGUCGACACCUGCAGUUUUGGAAAUCUCACCUCAGAAAUGUCCAGCGGCCUCUCCUUCAGGCGCCCUUCCUGCCGCCAAAACCGCCCCCACCUAUAAUCACUGUGCCUCCUCCCCCAACCACCACGGAGGAGCACCCAGUCGGUCUCCUGGAGGACCCGCACUGUGCCGACGUCAUCCUAGUCCUGCAGGAGCGACAAAAAAUCUUUGCACACAAGAUAUACUUGUCGACAUCCUCCUCAAAGUUCUAUGACCUCUUUAUUAUGGACACACAUAACGAGGAGACUGAGAGGCCCUCUCGUGGUCCUCUCUCUGGCAGAGAGCUGCUGAUGCGUGCUGCUAGCUUUGAUGUUUGCGAAAGCAGCGACGAUGGAGACAGGGCCAACCUGAGGGCCUGCACUAGUGAUGGGACCUUGAAAGACUCUGAGGGGGCCCGACGAGGCAGAUUGCUCUCUUCGUGGAGCCGAGCCUUCGUCAGCAUCCAGGAGGAGCUGGUGGAUGACCCUGUCACGUACAGCCCCAGGCCCAUGACCGUAGUGCACAUGGACCAGUCCAUGCAGCUCGGCCCUUUCCGAGCAGUGCUUCGCUACCUGUACACGGGUCAGCUGGACGAGAACGAGAAAGAGCUAAUGCACAUUGCACACAUCGCCGAGCUGCUGGAGGUCUUUGACCUGCGGAUGAUGGUGGCAAACAUACUUAACAAUGAAGCCUUCAUGAACCAAGAAAUCACCAAAGCCUUCCAUGUACGGCGCACAAACAGAGUGAAAGAGUGCUUGGCCAAAGGCACCUUUUCUGAUGUAGUAUUCAAGCUAGACGAUGGGACGAUCAUGGCCCACAAGCCUUUACUCAUCUCUAGUUGUGACUGGAUGGCAGCUAUGUUUGGCGGGCCUUUUGUGGAGAGCUGCACCAAAGAGGUGCUGUUUCCAAACACAACUCGCAGCUGCAUGAGGGCUGUGCUGGAAUAUCUCUAUACGGGGCGGUUUUGUUCUCGGCCUGACCUGGAUGCAAUGGAGCUUAUUGUUCUUGCCAACCGUCUUUGCCUCCCCCACCUGGUUGCACUUACAGAGCUCUACACAGUAACAGUAUUUACAGAGGCAGCGAUGAUGGGGACUGACAUUGAUGGAGAUGUGCUGGUGUACUUGGACAUGGCCCAGUUCCACGGAGCCCAGCAGCUCACUGGCUGGUGUCUUCACCACAUCUGCACCAACUACAACAGUGUCUGCCGCAAGUUUCCCCGAGAGAUGAAGGCCAAGUCUACAGAGAACCAAGAAUACUUUGAGAAACAUCGCUGGCCGCCUGUGUGGUAUCUGAAAGAGGAUGACCACUACCAAAGAGCACGCAAAGAGCGCGACAAGGAGGACUACCUAUACCAGAGACGGCAGUGUAAACGCAAGUGGCUCUUCUGGAACAUCCCUUCCUCCCCGAACUCAAACUCUCCUUCUUCUGGCUCGUCCGCCGUCAUCUGACCCAGUGGUACAGUGAGGGGCAGGUCCACUCUGUAGUAGUACAUUAGUGUGGACGUGAGUUGUAUAAGAUACAAUAGAAGAAAAGCACCGCUGGCGAGGUACGCCCCAGUUAUUCAGGCACACAGUCUCUCUGUUUGCCUCUGCAGUCGGCCCUCCUCCAGGUCUGCACGGUCAGCUCAAUCUGGCAGUUAAAGCAGUGAGUAUUAUUAUUUAGAUUUUGGUGAACUUGAGACUCAAACCUCAGUUAUGUGAACAUCACUGACAAAUGGCACAGUGUAAUUGGGGCAAAUAACAACUCAUAUUGAUUGUUGUAUGUUCCACAACCUGAGUUUUAGGUUUUAAAAACAGGACUCUGCUGGCACAGAACUCAGAAUUAUCAUCAAUUAACCUGAACUGAUAACCAAGUGCUGCUUAUCAGCUGCAACAACCAGCAAUCCAACACAGAACUUCUCAGUCUCAGAGAUAUAACACUUUGCCCUUAAGUGUUUGUACAAUCUACCAAACUAUGUGUACAGUAUGAUCUCGUCAACAGGAUGUAACGGUAGUGUGGCCUGCCAGGAAUCAAUUACUGAAGUCAUUCACUCUGACCAUGCUGAUUAUGAUCGUGUAAGCAUAAAGGAAAAUACUGGCACUCCUGUUUAUUUGUGUACAGUCGUUCUAUUUUUAAUUGUUUGUGUGCGGCUUGCACAGCUAAAAGUCAUCGUUAACGUAUUGUGAUCUUGUGAUUUGUGGCCUCUUGUCACUAAAGGGCUUUAGUUUACAUGAAUGCAUCCAGUGUCCUGAGACACAAGAGAUCCCAAAUCAAGGAAAAUAUCUGUAUUUUCUGUAAAACUCCAGCAAAAACACUAUUAUUUUCCAUAUGUGUUGCUUGAUGAGGCUUGUUAGCACACAUAUCCCUCAGUUUUACAUUGAAUGAUUCCAUCAGCUUGAUCACUGUCAUCCUGGAAAGCAACACGUGAUGCAUCUCAGAGCCAAUAGCAGCAUUUCCAGAGCUGAAGCGACCACACGUUCAUCCCUCUGUGAUGGCGUAUUUGACGCAUCUGUCAUUUGGCCUUUAGAGAUUUAUCUUAGUCGAUCAGAGGAUGCCCCCUGACUGUCUGCAGUUGGCUGUGUGAGACUUGUACAUGCAGGAGGCUUCCUCAUGCCUACAAGCACUUUUUUGGACUCUUCUCCACAGAGACGCACACAAGAACCUCCACUCGCAGCGUGAACGGCACUAAAGAGAGUAUGGUUUCAUGACACCCUGCUGCAACAUUUAAAGAAGAAAAAAAAGAACUGGGGAGGAUACAUGACCAUGGUAUUUAAAAUGUUUAAAAAGAAAAAAAGGUUGUGAAGAGGUUUAGAUAAUUUUUCUUGAUUUAUUUUGCACACCUCACAGUAUAUGUUCAAGAUUGUCAUCUACUGUUGUACUUGAUUGUAGAAUGGACUGCGGUGUUACUUGUGUUUGGUGCUCAGUGAAGAUGGGUAGUAUUGUAAAUUGUACAAAAUAUCAGACUGAACUGCAAGUAACUUGCAUCACUCUAAUGUGCUGUUAUAACUUAUUUUGUGCACUGCAGGCAGUGAACAGUAUCGUACAGUAUUACUGAGUAAUACACUGAAUACAGACUUGCAUUUAGUUACUGUGCAGCUACAAACUGUUGUUGAAAAUACUCAUUGUGCCGACCUCCAGUUACAUCUAUUAUACAUUGUACUAUACAUACAAAUUACAGGCAGUUCAAAUUAAUAGUAAAAUAGGAUUACAGUGCAAAGUAAAGUAGACACGUGUUUAUAUAAAUGACAUUAUGGUACAUCCAUAAAACACGCCAUUGUUAUAAGAAAGUCUGAUGGCAGCAUAUGUUAAAGAAAGGCUAGCUUUAGUCCUGCAUAUGAUUGGUUAGACUUUUCCAUGCAGUUUUUUGACUAGACAGAUAUUUAGAGCCCAACAAAGAGCUUCAAACGAUUAAGUGGUAUGAAUCAAUUCAGUGACAAAAUCAAUUUUCUUGCUUGCAUUAACUCUUGACCUAAUAAUUACACAGUGCAUGAACAGGGCUUGCCGAAAUAGAUGAAGUUUAUUCAUUGUUAUUUAAAGUGUAAGAUGUAGAUAUAGAGUAGUGGUGCUCUAAGCAGUCUAAACAGUAGUUAACUUUUGUCUAUUGCUAAGUAAACAUAAGAUCUGUCAUUUUGAAUAUCUUAAUUGAUCAAAUCUUUUGGCACACAUGGUCAGACAUUAGUCUCUUUUAGAGCCAGCUUUCUCCUAAUUCGGAAUGCUUUAAUUUAUUAGACCAUCCGUCUAGUAAAUAAUAAUGUCCAGUUUUCACAGAAAAAACAGUUUGUUAUGAUAGUUUAACAGCAGGAGGGUCUAUAUUGUUAUGAUUUACCUUGGUGGUGUGAUUGAUAGAUUUCAUAGACAUGCAUUUCAUUCCUCAGUGCAUUUCUUCAACGAGUCUUCUGCUGAUGUUUUGCAUCAACAACACCUCAUGCCUUAAUGUACAGUGUAGUGUAUGGUAUCGAAUGUAAAGUAGUGUUACUGUGGUUACUAGUUUGUUUGCUCUAUGUUCAGUUACCAUGGUGCUCUCUAGGUUGUGUGUGUAUCCGUAAAUGUACAUAAUUGGGAUGUAAAUCAAUCGAUGAUGUGAUCGAUAUCGAUGAGUGUGAUCGAUAUCGAUGAGUGUGCUUUAGUUUGAACACUGCGGAGGGUUUAUGCCCUUUUAAAGCCGUAAACACAAAACUAAUUAAAGACUCUGACCAUCAAGGCCACACUAGACUAACAUAAUCAAUCAAUCAAUCAAUCAAUCAAUCAAUCAAUUCGUGACAUUAACCAUGAAAUGAAUGCAGGGAUUUUAAAUCUGUUCCAUUAUUUUAAAGUCGCUUUAUGCUAAUGAUCUCCAAUUUUGGAGUCUGCAUAAUUACAAAAUGCUGAGACAGGGUGGCCAUUGAAAGUUAGAUUGUAACUCAAACAUGUAAAUAAAACUUGUGUGAUGACUUGCGAUUCAAACUUGGCAUAGCAAUUGAUACAAGCUAUUGCAUAGUUUAACAUAUGUAAUGUUUUUAUACUAUGCAUACUGAAAUGUCUGACUUUGAAAUUACAAACUUGCACUGCUUUGUAGCACCAGGUUCUAAUCAAAUUGCAUUAGAUGGUAUAGCAAACAUCAUUAUUAGAUAUGUAGACAACAUCAGGUAAAAAAAAAAUUAAAAAAAAUUUGAUUAUAAAUUACAAAGAAGUUGUCACUGGAGCCCGUUUCCAUAUGUUUGGGUGCUAAUUUCACGCUGCAGAGAAGCACAAACCAAAGGGAGCUUUUUUAGCAGCACCAGGAAUAUAUUAUACUGUAUAUGCUGCACAAUCACUACUGCAUAGUUUAAGAGGCCUUGUUCAGAAAUGGUUGAAAAUUAAAUUAUUAUUAUUAUUAUUAUUAUUAAAAAAAAGAGAAGUAAAUGUAAAGAAAAAAAACUUGAAUGUUUUCUCAGUGUUCAAAAGCCUGGAUGACGUUUUCUUUAGUCAUCAGGCAUUUUUGUUCUCAAGUUUUUAUUGUUUAGGAGCUGUAAAAAUCUCAAAAAUUCUGUAGCAUGUGUUCUUGAAAAUGUGUAAAUAAUAUUUACUAAAUAAAAAAAAGGAGCAACGUG